CUUGCCGGACGAUAACGAACGUCCGAUCCUAAAGCCUCGUUCUCGGUCUCUUAGACCGACAUCACCACUGGGUCAUCAUGCCGAAUCAGGCAAAUGUGAAGGCCCGCGAGCUGCGUGGUAAAAAGAAGGAAGACUUGAUGAAGCAGCUUGAUGACUUGAAAACUGAGUUGUCCCAGCUGAGAGUGGCCAAGGUCACGGGUGGUGCUGCUUCAAAGCUUUCCAAGAUUCGUGUCGUGCGCAAGUCCAUCGCCAGAGUCCUGACAGUCAUCAACCAAACACAGAAGGAAAACCUGCGCAAAUUUUACAAAAACAAGAAGUUCAAGCCCAAGGACUUGCGUAAAAGACAGACGCGAGCCAUUCGUCGUCAGUUGACAUCGAGGGAACUGAAGUUGAAAACAAAGAAGCAACAGAGAAAAGAGAGACUUUGGCCCAUGAGGAAGUACGCUGUGAAAGAAUAAACUCUUUCUUGCAAUUCUGUGAAUAAUAUUCUUGAAAAGGUGAAAUAAACUUGUAAAUGUGAAAGAA